AUGGCCGACAAAGAACCUACCCCCGCCGAAGAGGCCGCUGCCCGCGCCAAGGAGGCCGAGGAGCAGAAUGCCCUGCCCUACAAGUGGCAGCAGACCAUCGCCGAUGUCGAUAUCACCUUCAGCGUUCCGGGUAACUACAAGAGCAGGGACCUGGCCAUUGAUCUCAAGAAGAACAAGAUCACUGCGGGUGUGAAGGGGCAGGAGCCCAUCAUCAGCGGCGACCUCGCACACGCCAUCAUCGUCGACGACUCGACCUGGACCCUGGCAUCCGCCUCCGACGGCACCAAGACGGUCGAGAUCCACCUGGACAAGGUCAACAAGAUGGAGUGGUGGCCGCACGUCGUCACCUCGGCGCCCAAGAUUGACGUUUCCAAGAUCCAGCCCGACACAAGCAAGCUUUCCGACCUCGACGGCGAGACGCGCGGUAUGGUUGAGAAGAUGAUGUGGGACCAGCGCCAGAAGGAGAUGGGCAUGCCCACGUCGGACGAGCAGAAGAAGCUGGACAUUCUCAAGAAGUUCCAGGCUGAGCACCCUGAGAUGGACUUCAGCAACGCCAAGAUCAGCUAG